GCUGCAAUCCGCGCCGCGGUAGUGCAUGCACACGCUUUCGCGUUGGUGCAUUAUCGGCUACCGUCUGGACUACCAUUUUGCGGGAGGUGCGGAAGAUCGUGGAAAAUCGACGCGAGUGCGGGAGGGUCUCUUUGUUGAAGUGUACGCGCGCCUCUGACGGCUCUGACGCACGGUGUCCUCGAGAUCCGGACACGGUCAAGUGCGCGACGGAUGGAUGAAUCCGGCGACAGUCCUGCGCCUUGGUGUCUUCCGCAUGUUCUUUCGGAUGUUACUUAUUAUUUCUAAUAUUCUGGGAGAGAGUUCAGCUCCGUAGAUGUUACUUGAGGAAUGUAAUCGUGGGUACCGAACGUAACAGCGAUUCCCAAGAUGAUUCCAUCCGAUUGCGUUCUGGACAUAUCCAACGUGUUUCAUUCCACUUCGGUGGUGAUCGAAGGUACCUGCCUCAACAAAUCCGAACCUACGGCGGUGCUUAGAGAUGUAUCAGCCCGCGUUCACGGCGGGGAGGUCUUGGCUAUUCUAGGGUCGAAGGGCUCCGGCAAACGAGCGCUCCUCGAUGUUAUCGCUGGGAGGGCGGAGGGCGAGACGAGGGGUCGGGUCACCCUGAACGGCAACCUGCUGACGCCGGAGCUGUUCCGGCGUCACGGCGGCUACGUGGCUCACAGGUGUCACCUGCUGCCGAGUCUGACGGUCCGUCAGACCCUGAUGUACGCCACGUGGCUCGGCAAUCUAAACAAUCGCGAGGCCCGGGUGCGGCAGACCCUCGCCGACCUGGCGCUCUCGCAGGUCGCCAAUCGGUCGGUGAACGACCUCACCAGGCCGGAGUAUCGGCGGCUGAUGCUGGGCGUGCAGCUCGCCAAGGAUCCGACCCUGCUGCUGCUGGACGAGCCGACCUGGGACACCGAUCCUCUCAACACGUAUCUCAUUGUCUCGAUGCUGUGGUCCUACGCCACCAGACGCGGCUCCAUCGUCGUCCUUACCAUGGAGACCCCCAGGUCCGACGUGCUGCCGUUCGUCAGUCGCGUGACGUUGCUGUGUCUAGGUGCGGUGGUCUACUCGGGACCCACCAGAAGCAUGCUGGAUUAUUUCACCUACAUCGGCUUCCCGUGUCCGGAACUGGAGAACCCCUUGAUGUACUACCUAUGCUUGUCGACCGUCGAUCGCCGCUCCAGAGAUCGCUUUUUAGAGUCCAAUCAGCAGAUAUCGGUCUUGGUCGAGAAGUUCAAGGUGGAUGGAGUGCUUUACAUGAAAGAAGGGCCGCAAGUGCCGCACAGCAUGAAAGAUACUGCCCUCGGUAUCAUGCAUAAGGGUUUGGGACGCGGAAUCAAGCCCGGAUGCUUCUCGACUCUUCUGGCACUAUAUUUACGAAGUAUGGCGACUACGUUCUCAUUCAAUAAGAUCGGCCUGGGACACUUUGCCGCUCGCCUGCUGUUACUGCCAUUUGUCGUUGCUCUAAUGAGUAUACUGUACUCGCAUUCAAGUCCCGUACAAUCAAGAAUCUUCUUGCAAACCGGUGGCUUGAUCUUCAACGUCUUGACGUUGUUUUACGUUGCCGGGAUAGCUGCGACGUCGCUUUUGUUUCCAGGUUUCCGCGCAAGGUAUUACCAAGAAAAGCGAGAGGGUCUUUACGGUGGCGCGAUGUUUUUGACCGCGUAUACCAUGCUGAGUCUUCCGCUGAGUUUCAUAUCGACGCUGAUAACGAUUACAAUCCUGAUUCCCAUUCUGGAGCUAGAUCUCACCUCGUGGGCGUACGCUUCCGGUAUUCUAUGGUCCAGUUACGUGGCGGCGGAGCAAGUGACGGUAGCCGUGCUGAUGGUGGUCGGUAGGCCCGUAAUCGGUGCCAUCACGGUACUGUACAUGACCCUGUUGUCCCUUGUGGUCGCGUCGGGCGCGAUUCGUAGCCUGAAAAACUUGCCCUAUUGGUUAGCGAUGGCGACGACCGCGUUACCAACCAGAUACGCAUCUCUGGCGCUGAAUCAGCUGGUCAUCGACACCCCCCUCCUGUCCAAUCUGCCCUACAACGAGAGCUUUACUUGUCCUGGCAUACCCGAGCUUUGUAGGUACCCUGAUGGCAAGACUUACCUGAUAGAACGCCUUACCAGAGAGGGCGAGAACAUUUCCGAGGUGUUAAACGUGGACUUGAAUCUGCUAAUCUCUCUAGCGUUCGCCGUCGGUCUUAUUAUAUUGAACAGCGUCUUAUAUCUAUUGCCACUACCCGCUAAAGUGAAGGCAAAAUUCAGAGAAUAAUGAAUUGUUAAAUCCACAUUUAAUGUGUGUGUGUGAUCGUCACAUUUAACGAAAUUCAAAUAUUCGAAUUUGAUGCCGACUGAAUGGUGUACGUAUCACACUUAUUUAAUUUUGAACUUAAUUUUAU